AUGGCCGACCAGAUGGAGGAAGGAAGGGCCAACCCCGUGCCUUCGGAGCCGCCUCCCCUGCCUUACUCGCUUCGCACUCGAAAGAAGUCGAUUGCCAUUUUUUGGUCUUUGUUUGUUCUCGAUCUCGCUGCUCAACCGGUCGCGUUAUUUUGGGGACUUUGGUAUGGAACAGACCUGUCGCAUAACAUGGUAUUUACCAUCGUCACUAUCACGCUGGGAGGAAUAUCGGUAUUCGAAUACUUUUUCCGACUCUACAAUUUGUUCCGCAAAGAUUCCAAAACCCGACCGUUGAACGCAAAGAAAUCAUGGCUCGAUUUUUUCCACAUCAACUUCACCAUUGUUUGGUUGAUCCUGGCCGUGGAACUAAUUACGGGAACAGUGGUCGAGGAACCAUACGUCCGACUCGUCGCUAUGGUUCUCCCCUCCGUCAUGUUCUACUUUGGUGCCGUCUACCUCGCCCUUGAUAUCCUGCGCGUUUGCGGUUUCAAAGCCCCAUUCCGGAUUUCCUCGACACCCAAGGGCUCCGUCAUGCCUACAGCAUUAUACGUUCUCAUCGAAGAUGUCGUCGCUGUUGACGGUGGUGGAGGUCAGAUCUAUCGCUAUGCACUUCGAACUCGGUAUCUAUCCAGUCCUUACUUCCGUCGGAUGCUCUUCCAAAUGAACUGUUUCUGGGCCGGAGGGUCCAUCAUCUUCGCCGCCGCCUUCACCGCCAUUAUCUUCACCGUACCUCAAAACGUCGCGUUCACUUUGGGGUGGACGUUGCCUUUAGUCUGGGCCGGUGUUUGGACGUUAAUCACUAUCCCGUGGGUCCAGAGCGAUCUUCGUCGCGAAAAGAAGGCCUGGCAGGAGCACAGAGGCCAGGGAGGCGUUCCAUCAUAUGUGGAUGAGGUCGGGGAACCGUCCGCCCGAACUCGACUGGAGUCGGUUCAUGUGUCGAGUUUCUUGCCUUGGGUUCGAAAUCCAGAGAAGACAUCCUCACCCCCUACGCCCUCUGAUGGUCAAUCCAAUGUUUGA